AUGAACGUGGGGGGAUUUGUGAAAAGGAAUCAGGAGGUCGUUGAGUUGAGUCAGAUUGAUGGCGGUGUUGUUAAGAGGGAUGAGGAGCAGAUGUGGCUGAGACGCGUGAGGAAUGAGAAGAAACGGAGAAAGACGAACAGCAGUGGCGUCAAGCCGGGCGCUAUAACGGGGGGAACCCUCGCCUUUGUCACCCUGCUGCUGAUGUCAGUAACGUCGACAUUAGCACAGGCACCAUCUGCACCAGCACCGCCCUUCCCUGGGCCUUUAUCAUCAUCAGCACCACCACCACCCAACUCUGUAUCUUCAGCAUCAGCAGCAGCAGACGCAGCAGCAGCAGCAGCAGAAGGCUCUACCUCUGCAGCUCUCAUUCCCUCGUCAGCCCCCACUGGCGCAAGUAGUGGUUCUGCUGAUGCUGCUGCCGGUGAUGCUGUGAGAAGCCAUGUCAUGACAAGCGCUGCCACCCUUCCUGCUGCCAACCAAUCAGACGCCAUCCCAGACCCGAUAAUCCGCCCGCCCCCGACCGGCCCCUUCUCGCUCUCCUCCCCCCUGCCGCCUCCCAUCCGCGGCCCCAUCGUCCCCGCGCCCCCUGCUCCAUGCUUCGGCGUCACGGUGGCGUAUGUGAUAGAGAGCAUCAUCACCAUUCCAUCGGUGUGGAAUGGGAGUGUGAAGCCGUACGGGUUCAAAUCCAAGAUCGAGCUCCUCAACACCGGCAAGAGGGACCUGGUGGGUUGGGAGGUGCGGGUGGAGUUCACUCGCAACGAGCUCAUCACACUGCUGGGCAACGCUCAAGUGGAAUACGAAUUGCCUUAUCCUGGCUCCGCACUUCUCUUCUCCAGUAUUGACGACCAGAGCGACCGACUCAUCACGGCGAUCCACGCGGGCGGCGACGUUCGGCAGUAUGUGGUGUUUGCGGAGGUGUUUGGCACGGAGUUUGGGGCGGCGACUGCCAGCAAGGCGCUCCCGCGCACACUCUACCUCACCACACCAGGCUUCCACUGUGCAUCCAACCGCCCCCAGUUCCCAUCUCCCAACAGGAUUCAGGUCUGCUGUAAGGAAACUCCCUACCCGCCUCCCCCUCCUCCUCGCCCCCCUCCCCGCCUCCCGCCCAUCAUCCCGGCUUUAACGGUCCAGAUCGACAUCACAGCAGCGAGCGAUCUGGACCAUCAGAUGCUCGUCACGAUCAGCAACCUGCAGGCGGACAGGCGCAUUGGGCCCCCAAGAAACGACCCCUGGGCGCUCAGUUGGAGGUGGAUGCAGAACGAGAUAGUGUGGGAAGCAUCUGGAGCACAAGCAACCCAACAGGGAAACUGCCAGCAGCAGUCCGCCUCCACAGCCGUCUACGGAGCAGCCAUCGCCACUGCCCACUCCUGCUCCCCGCGGCCCGUCUUUGUGGAUUUGCCUGGAGGGGCGUAUGGCAGUGAGAGUGGGCGGGACCUGGGGGCGACUUUGGGAGUGCGCCUCUCAUGCUGCAAGAAUGGCUCUAUAGGGCUGCGCUCCUUCCCCUAUGGCGACCCUGCGCUUGCCCAGUACCAGGGCAACACCUCUCUCGCUCAGUUUCGUCUGCGCAUCGGCCGCACGCGCCAGUUCAAGGCCAUCCCCGCCAUCGCCCCUCCUCGCAAUAUCUCUGUCGGCCUUCCUGGAAUAGUUUGCUCUGCUGGUGUGCGCAUCGACCCCACCCAGUUCCCGGUCAACCCCUCCCGCAACCUAUCAGCGGUCGCCACGUGGCGCUACGCCUGCUACCGCGACCCCUCCUUCCCGCCUCCUCGCCCCGCCUGCUGUGUGUCUUUCUCUGCCGCUUUCAACAACACCGGCUCCCCUCAGGGCGCCUGGGGAAGCAUCUUUGGCCGCAGCAGCAGCACCGGCAGUGGCAGCGGGCAGUUCUAUGUUGCUCCCUGCAAAAGCUGCGCCUGUGGAUGCCCAGGGGAGGCUGAUUCUUCGUCUUCCUCCUCCUCUUCCCCCACCUCCUCCUCCGCCUCUUCUGCUUCCCUGUCCUCGGUUUCGACUCCCACCUCUCCCUUCUCCCCUCCGUUGCUUUCAAGCCUCCUCCUCGGUGCUCCCUCUACUGGGAAUGGGACGGCGGCUAACAGCAGCAGCUAUCCCCACGUGGGGCUCCGUGAUUGGCCCAUGUGUGCUGCUCCUGAUACGAUCUUUGAUACGAUUGGUGGCAGGGGCGAUGUAGUCCCUUCCAAGAAGCUUCCGAACUGGUACGGCGAGGACAGGGAUUUUAUUUCUGCCCGGUGCCGCGACAGCUGCCCGAUCCACCUGCACUGGCACGUGGUGGCCGUGUAUAAGGACGGAUUUGUCGCCAAGCUGAGCAUCAUCAACCGAGGCAACAGCAGUGUGUCUGACUGGGUAGCGCUCAUCUCGCUCCCUUCUAUCGCCAACACCUCUGCCAUCUACUCAUUCGGAUAUGCCAAUGUGUCUGCCACCUCCCGCAUGCUCUACGGCUUCACAGGCAGCAACAGCUGGCUGGAAGGCACACCGUCUCCCCUCAAGGGGAAGACCUUUGGCAACGUGCAGAGCGUUUUCAAGUUCGGUCUGGUCCCAGGGCUCAACCUCACAGCAGCUGACGGGAAAAACCUCUUCCCCUCACUCCUCUCUUUCGACGGUUAUUCCUGCUCCAUGCCGGACCACUUCCCGCUGCUCCCGCCCCCGCAACCCCCCGCCACGGCCAUUCCAACACGCUACAUUGCUGUGAUUGUCGCUGUGCUGCUGGCUGCUGUGCUCAUGUUUGGUGUGCGCUUUUAG